CUCUGACGGUCAUUAGUAACAAUAUAUCAGUGUAGUUGACAUGCUCCCUCUGGCUGAUCUCCAACACACAGAGCCAAAGAACAUGUUCAACAAGGAUCCCCUGCUACUUGCCCUCCAAGCCUGACAACUCCAAAGAACUCAGGAGCAGUUAGAGCUUGAACCCAUUGGAGUGCCACUAUGGGGAAUGUGAUGGGGGAAAAUAGGAACGAAACAAAUGCAAACUACCAUGACAGUGCACUAAAGGGAGAAGACGACACACUUGUCGUUCUCCAUGACUAUCCUUUUCCAGACAUCAGUGAGCCGAUCUUCAGGAUGGGAGAGAAGCUGAGGGUCUUGUCUCAGGAAGGUAACUGGUGGAGAGUCCGGUCUGGCCAAUCAGGAAGGGAGAACUACAUCCCUAAUAACCAUGUCGCCAAAGUCUACCAUGGAUGGCUGUUUGAGGGAGUGGCAAGGCAGAAGGCAGAGGAGUUACUUCGUCUCCCUGGAAACAGAGUGGGAUCCUUCAUGAUCAGAGAGAGCACCCAGCAGAGAGGUGUCUACUCCAUGUCUGUAAAGCACAGAUCCAUCGAGCACUAUAAAAUCUAUCGCUUGGAAAACAGCUGGUACUAUAUCUCUCCUCGUCUGACCUUCCAGUGCCUGGAAGAGAUGGUCAACCACUACUCUGACUCUGCAGAUGGGCUGUGCUGUGUUCUCACUGGCCCGUGUCUCUGUGGGAACGCCAACCUCCUCGACACCACCCCUCAGCCACCCCCUGUAGUGAUGCGCCGCAACAACUUUGACUGGAAGAAAGUAGACCGCAAAGAUCUGAUCAGUGCAGGGGCUCCCCAGGGGCAGCAGAACAGGGACAACAUGGUGAGCUAUGGAGUCAGGAACAGCAUCGCCUCUUACCUCUCUCUGGCCGGGGCUCAGGACCCAAGACAGCAGAAGAAGAAAAGCAAAAAGAAGAGUAAAUCUGUCUACAUCCCCUCCCACAGUCUCAGCCAUCUGGACCUGGAGGAGGACUAUGAAACGUAGUGGCCUGGGUGGUGCAGCGCUAAGUGCAUAGGCCAGUGGUUCUCAAACCUCUCUUCAGGGACCCCCAGACGUUCCAUGUAUUUGAUCUAUUCCAGAGCUAGCACACCUGAUUCAACUUGUCAACUAAUCAACAUGCACUUGACUAGGUGAAUCGUGUGAGCUAGUAAGGGCUACAACAAAAUUGUGAAACGUCUGGGGGUUCCCGAGGAGAGGUUUGAGAAGUAUUGGCCUAGGCUACCAGAGUUGGCAUGGGUUCGAAUCCAACCCACUGCCCUUCUGACUUGCUAUCUUUCUUGUCUCCUAUUCACUGUCUUAUCUCAAUAACAGAAAGUAUGUUUCAAAAAAGACUAUGAGACUUAGAGGAGCAACGGCUCAAGGACCCAGUUUUUGACCCAGAAAUGAUCACUUUGAACCAUGGAACUGGAUAAACUAACAUGAUGUACUGUGAAUAAAUUAUUUUCUUCUAAUCUCGACACCCAGAACCAAAUCUCGCAUCCGUGCUGGCCAGCGAGUCUAUUUAAAUGUUAACCUCUGUUACGAUAUACCAUGUUUCCUCCAAUGCACACAUUGUUCCGUAUCUGAGCCUUUGGGAUUGAACUGAUAAGGAAUUGAAAGCUCAGCGGAAUAAAUCAACGUUGAAGUCCGCCCAGAGUCCAGAGCAUGGACCGAGUGUCCUGCAAGAGAACAACACAUGUUAGCAUCAUGACAGUAUAUCAAAUAUUUGAAUGCUGCGUUAUGGGUGUUUAUGUGUGAAUGUGUAAUACUCUGGGGAAAGGUAAAGGGGGAUACCUUCACAACUGAAAUGUGUCUUCCGCAUUUAACCCAACCCCUCUGAAUCAGAUGGGUGCGGGGGGCUGCCUUAAUCCACGCCAUCAGCACCCGGGGCGCAAUUGUUGUUGUUGUGGGUUAACUGCCUUGCUCAAGGAUGUGUGUAAAUGUCGAUGGCUACCAGCUUCACAAGCUUUAGCCUAACCCCUUGGAAAGUGAUUUCUGUUGAGUACAUGUUGUUCAUAUCAAUAAAAGUAAGGUAUCAUAUAAUCUUCGACAACCAAAAA